UAAAGGUGGAAAAGAGGAUGUUUUCCCCGCCUGAGAAUCCAACGACCGUUACUGAGUUUUUUAAAAGAGCGCAUGCGUAAGAACAGCCCCCCUCCCUCACAGAAAAUUUCUAGGUAACGCCUCCCAAAACUCGUGCACGAGUAUUGGAACACGAGUGUGUGUUUACAACCGGCAUAUGCUGUGUCGCGUCAGUGGAUUCAUGUCGGACUCACCGCAGAGCACUGAAGAUGCUGACCCUGAAUAUGAGCCACAACCCUAUAGCGAAAGACGCCUGGUCAGAGCCAGGGGAGUGAGAGGAGCCAGGGGAGUGAGAGGAGCCAGGGGAGUGAGAGGAGCAGGGGGCAUAAGACGGCCCACUCGAAGCAGAGGCAGAGGACGACUGGCUGACCUGUCACAGGAGGACAUAGACAGGGUACAACAUCUUCAAGCACAGAGGCUUGCAAGUGAACGGGCUAGGAUACAGAGGCUGGACAUAAAUCAGUGCCAUCAGCUGCUAGAGCGCUGUCUCACCCGUGAACCCAGUCUCAUUUUCGAUUUACUGGAACAUACCCCUGAUCCCCCCGUACCUGACCAACCUCUAGCUAUGCCCCGUCAUCCAGAGUUACCAAGCUGGUGUGUCUGUAUGAACUGCAGGGAGAUGCCCACACUUUUGGAAAGAAAAUGCUGUGGUCAACAACAACAACACUGCAUAUCAAAUGUACCACAAAUGGAUUUAUACAUCAUUCAGGAAGGGGUCCUGCGUCUUGCAAGACGAAUCUGGAAUGAUGUACGAGCAGAGGAAGACGCACAAGAAGUUGGUGAAAGCCAUAGACAGUUCCGGUACGCAGCUUACAGACAAUUUGUUGUGUGGCAAUAUGGUGUCCUCGGACCAGGCCAUAGAAUUGUUUUACCAAGCUGCUGUGUGUGGAGAAUACGGGAUAGAUUUCCAGACCCUAAUGGAAAUUACGUUGGUUUCAUCCCUACCAGAUUGUAAUUUAUAGUUGUUGUUUUUUUCUAAUGUGUAUGUGUAAUGAGUAUUUUGAGAACGUUCUGUAGUAUUGUUAGCAAAGUAGCAGACUGUGAUAAGCACAACAUGUUCAAUGUAGGUAGAUUUAUGUACACCUAAGUAGAAUAAAAGACAUUUGUUUAUAAUA